ACAAAAGGAGAGAAAAAAAAGAAAAGAAAAAAAUCAUGACUUGCAUUCAUCUCCUCCUCUUUCCUCCUCUCACCCAAACCAAAAUAGUGAAGCGGUUCUCAUUCACAAGAAACUCCAAAUCUAUCCAACCAAAUUCAAUAUCUUCUUCUUCUUCCCAAAAACUAUCAAACCCUCAAACCACCUUCUUCUCCGAUUUAAUCCCAUUUGCAUUAACAGCUCUCAUAACCCUAAUUUCUCCAUUACCCUCCUAUGCAAUUCCUUCUCUCAAAUCCUCUCCUCUUUUACCCACCACUCCAUUCUCACAGUCCAAGAACUUACCCACUGGUUUGGAAGAUGGGAAAAUCAGGCCCUGUCCUUCUGUUAAUCCGGGUUGUAUUUCCACUAAUCCGAAAUCUUCUUCCUUUGCAUUUCCAUGGGAAAUUCCACAAGGUUCCAUAGACAAUGCUAUUCAGAAAUUGGAAGAAGCCAUUUUGAAGACACAGAAAAAUGCAAAGAUUAUGGUUAGGGAAGACAUGACUGAUGGUCACUAUUUGCAAGCAGAGAUUGAUAGUGGAUUUGGACGUGACGUUGUGGAAUUUUUGGUGAAAGGAGACGUAGUUUUGUAUCGUUGUAUGGCCACAAAAGUUACAUAUGUUUACCCAUUCACCACCGCUUUAGGGGAUUCCAAGGGCCAAGAAGAAAGAUUAAAGAAGAUCAAUGAGUAUUUGGGUUGGUUAUCACCCGAUUUUGAUCUCGGUGAGUAGAUAGGCCAAUUCAUUCAUGUUUGUUUGUAAUCUUCUUAAGCUAGUCCAACUCAAAAUGGUGGUUGGUUUAGUCUGAGGUAUGAUGUCAAACCAUAUGUUUAGUGACUUAAAAUAGUUCUUGAACACAAAGUCACAAACAAACACAUUAAUUACUUUUGUAUAUUGGUUUUGCCCAUUCAAGGAUAAGGCAAUAUUAAGAACCCAUGGUACCUUUUUGAUUUAGAUGAAAAUAUGGUUAUUUUUUAACC